AUGCACUUUAUACACCAUACAGAGUCAUAUUUAACACUUUGUAGUCAAUUCGAUAGAGCCGUGGAGAUUAUACAAGGGCUAUCAAAAACAGGCCCUAUCCAAACAGGCUACGAAGAGAAACUCGCCAUGUACAGUUUGUAUAAACAAGCCACGGUCGGAGACGUACCCUCUACAAGACCAGGCAUGUGGGACGUCCUCGGGCGAGCGAAAUGGGACGCAUGGGCAAAACACCGCAACAUGGACUCGCACGCCGCUAAGCAACUGUAUGUCGACACGCUCCUGCGCGUG